UUUCUUUCUUUUUUUCUUUUCCAUUGCAAAAUCCCCCCCUUUUUCUUUUUGUCUUCGCACCGACUUCCACCUUCUUCUUCUUCCUCUCCUCCUCCUCUCUUCUGUUGUUGGAUGUUGACAGCCGCCAGCUUGAGCGCACUCGACGAUCAGUGCGCAUCGCCGGCGCGCCACAAGCGACGGAACGAGAACUCGAGCGACGCGCAUCCCUCUGCCGCUGCUGCUGCGCCCAGCGCCAGCGCGACCACCUCCGCCACAGCUGCGGCUGCCGAGACUGAGCAAUCGGCCCCAGAGCACAUUGCCAAGCGAGCACGGCGAGACGAGACUGAGCCGCUCACUGUUGAUAUUCCCCAGCUGCAGCAACCGGCGCUCGCAGACUUGCUGAAAACAAAAUUCACAGACCUAUGGUUUGGCGCGCGUGAAGACAUUGCGCCAGAGGUGCACACGCAGGCUCGAGAGGCGCUGGACGUCUUGCAGCAGACGGGCGUCUUUAACGACAUGGCGCUCCGAUUGCGCGAGCCGGAUGCCGUGUCGCGAACGGCGGUCAAGCGCCUGCUGCUGGGCGAGCCGGGCCUGACCUUCCGUGUGAUGGAUUUGCGGCUGUUUGCCCUCCCGUGGUCGGAUUUGUCCGAAACGGACGCUGCGGCGCUUGCUGCCGCGGCCGAGCGCCACCCCAACAUUGAGCGCAUGACCGCCGGCCUGCACAAGAUUGCCAAGGUUCUUGCAGACACGGCCAAGGUGGAGAUUGAGCGACGGACGACAGACUUGAUCCGCGAGCACACUCCCCAGCCGCAGAGUCCUGCUGGGGACGAGGCUGCCACUGCAGCGGGCACUUCGCUGCUCUCCAUCCCUCCCAUCACCGCCCCAUUGCUGGCGGGCCAUCCGCUGUGGAAGCAGUCCGACCAGCUGGUCGCCGGCACCGAGUUCAACGCCUGCAUGCUCAACCUGUACGACCCUGCAGACAUGCCCGACACGGAUUUGCAGGACGAUUUGCUGGGUCGCGGCAAGCUCGCGAUGGGCUGGAACUCGGACACGUUUAUCGAUGCGUCGUCCACGAUUGGCGUGUACAUUUGCCUGCCAGAGGAGGCUGAGCAACGCGAGCGCCGACUUUCCAUGUCGGCCAACGGAGCAGCAGCAGCCGCCGCCGCCGCUUCAACCAAUGCCCAGCCCGAGGUCAGCAGCAGUAGCACGCCCGCGGCCCCGACUUUGACCCUGUCCAAGGACAACUCUGGCGACGCUGACGCUGACGAGCACGAUUCCGCCGUUGAGAUGGACACGUCCGACUCUGGCGCCUGGGCUGUCGGUUUCCGUGCCAAAUCCGACGGCACUGCGCCGCCACUGCUUGCGCAUUUGCGCUCGGGUGACAUCUAUCUGAUGCUGCAAGGCUUUACCGAGCACCACCAGCGCGCACUCUACGCUGGCCAUGCCAAGCGCAUUGCCUGCAUUUGCCGCAAGAUUGAUAACUCGCCUCUUUCGAGCGGCACUCGUGACUACAUUGUCAACUUGUGCAACUCGGCCAUUGCCGAUGCCUUGAUAUCCGGCAGCCAUUUUGAUCUCAUGUCGGUGACAAAGGUGCAGCAAGCGCUGACGGAGGUUGAGUGCGGCUGGAUUCGACAGUUCUGGGCGCACGGGUUGCGACACGCGCGUAUCCAGGCGUUCUGGAAGCGCGUUAUCGAAAGUCUAGAAUUGCAGUGGCAACAACUGGAAAGCUUGACUCGGCAAUCUCUGGACUCAAUAACACGGCAUAUGAGCGAGGCCCUGCACACCGCCACAAAGAGCGAAAAUGCACGCAUUGCUACCAUUUGCGAUGCGCUGCUCAAGGCGUUCGAGCAUCGGCUACGUCUCCGCGAGCAGUGGGCAAACUUUUACUCGUCCCCAGACUUUGAUCACAUGGAGAACGAUCUGCUGCCUGUUCGACGGCCGCACUUUUCGGCCUCGUCGCCCCUACCCGAGGCGCUCGAGCCCAAGAUUGCCCAGCUUGUCAAGUACAUUGCUCUGUUGGACGAUCGCAUUGCUGCGUAUGAGGCUUGAGUGGCUUGUUUUGCCGCAUGUUCCACGUUACUUUCCCCAAAAGUUAGUUCCAUCAUCCAACGUUUGUUACGUUCGUUGGGUUUUUUCCGUUUCCUCUUUUUUUUCUCUUUUGGCCUUUUGUUUUUGUCGUCCAUUCGCGUUUGUAGAAUACAAUUUUUCUUGC